GACGACUUCAGUGUGAUCAGUGGACGGAGAUAGCACGUUCUCGUACUGCAGACAUCGACGAAAUGGCAAACUUGUUCGGCACGCUCAAUCGUUUCAUAUCACGUCUAGACUCGGACCCAAAUGCGACAGAUGCUGCCACUCAGUCUUCAGCGGGUCCUGCCCUGGGAAAUCACUAUGGCUUUCAAGUUGUACGCAACACGAAUAGUCAGAUCCCCCUUGAGCCCUGGUUCGACUUCGUGAUUGGGAUCAAUGGCCAUAACAUCGAUAAUCCGGACCCCAAUUUGUUCAUAACUGAAGUCCGCAACUGCGCAGGCUCUACCAUAAGCCUAGGAGUCUUUGGCGCCAAAGGAUGUCAGAUCCGAGAGGUUUACGUAUCCGUGCCUCCUGUCGGCGAUGCCCUGGGGCUUGCUCUGCAAUGGGCUCCUCUCGACAUGGUGAAUGAUGUCUGGCAUAUUCUGGAUGUCAUGCCAAACUCGCCUGCUGAUGUCGCUGGACUCUUGCCAUACUCGGACUACGUGAUUGGUAGCCCCGAUACGACCACAUUGCGGGGUGAUGCAGCUUUGGUACGGCUCGUUGAAGGGUACAUGAACUCUGCCCUGAGAUUGUGGGUGUACAACCAGGAGUAUGAUGUGACGAGAAUGGUGACCAUCACACCGGCCAAGAAUUGGGGCGGAGAGGGAUCGUUGGGUUGCGUUUUGGGCUAUGGUGCGCUACAUCGCAUACCGGCGCCACUUGGAGAGCCAUCCACCGACCCUGGCGAGAUGAUGUUCGAAAGUGCAGAAGCACCAGCAGCAUACCCAUCGCAAUUUGGAAGCGAGAGCAAUACAUCGCAGCCGGCGCCAAUUGGAGGAGAUUUUCUGGUUCCUGCGAACAUGAACUUCACACCUGGCACAUCGCCACCUCCACCUGCGGAUGGUACAGCGCCUCCAAAGGCUGUUCCGACUGGCAAACCCAGGAAAGCACGAGCUCAUCACGUACCCGCAUCUGGUCUCGAUGAUUAUUUCGCAGAAGGAGAGCAGAAAAGCCGCGAACUUGAUGGAGGCUCGACUCCGAAAGCGAGCAGCCUUCCGCCUCCGCCUUCGAAGGCAGGAGGGCCGCCAAAAGCUGCAUCGCCAGCCCCGCCGACAGAGGGGUGACAGCGGUUGGGAUAACACAAUCGGCGGAUGGCAUUGUUUCCCAGGCAUGCGCGUGCCUCAAGGAGAGGUGCUGUGAGCAUCGACAACGCUACAUCAGGCGAGGCCAUGUUCUGAACUUUUAUAUGUAAUUCGCCGUUAUCAUUGACGGUGUACAUUGCUCGAGUGUUCGCACGCUGAUGAUAAGCUAGAAGAGUCCCCAAGAAUGUGAUGUUCCGCCUGCCAUUAGACUAGGUACAAGCCUAUCUGCAAACAAAUUAAUGAGCGGUCAUGUCGAG